CCGAUCGGCCUCCUUUCGGCCUGCCGUGAGUGCGGGCGGGCGGGCUGGGGGGAGCGGGGCGCGCCCCCGUGCGCGGCGGGAGGCGGCCAGGCCCUCGCCUUCGGCCGCGGCCCGCUUCCCUUCUGCCCGCAGCGCGUCCCCGGCACGAUGUCUCGAAGAUAUGACUCCAGAACUACCAUAUUUUCUCCAGAAGGUCGCUUGUACCAGGUUGAGUAUGCAAUGGAAGCAAUUGGACAUGCAGGUACUUGCUUGGGAAUUCUAGCAAAUGAUGGUGUUUUGCUAGCAGCGGAGAGACGCAACAUUCACAAGCUUCUUGAUGAAGUGUUUUUCUCCGAGAAAAUAUACAAACUUAAUGAGGAUAUGGCUUGCAGCGUUGCAGGAAUAACUUCAGAUGCCAAUGUUCUAACAAAUGAACUGAGACUGAUUGCGCAGAGGUAUUUGUUACAGUAUCAAGAGCCCAUUCCUUGUGAACAACUGGUAACAGCACUAUGUGAUAUCAAGCAGGCUUACACGCAGUUUGGAGGAAAACGUCCUUUUGGUGUUUCGUUGCUGUAUAUUGGCUGGGAUAAGCAUUAUGGAUUUCAGCUGUAUCAAAGUGAUCCUAGUGGAAAUUAUGGAGGGUGGAAAGCUACGUGCAUUGGGAACAACAGUGCUGCAGCUGUGUCAAUGCUAAAGCAAGACUACAAAGAAGGAGAAAUGACCUUAAAGACUGCACUUGCAUUAGCCAUUAAGGUUCUAAACAAAACCAUGGAUGUUAGUAAACUCUCUGCAGAGAAAGUUGAAAUUGCAACACUGACAAGAGAGAACGGAAAGACAGUGAUAAGGGUUCUGAAGCAAAAGGAGGUGGAACAGUUGAUAAAACAACAUGAGGAGGAGGAAGCAAAAGCUGAACGUGAAAAGAAGGAGAAAGAACAAAAAGAGAAGGAUAAAUAGAAUAUGAAAUCAAGUGUUCUGUAGAUAAUGUAGGACCUGCUUCAGUAAAAGAUAAUCUGGGUUUCUGUUUUGUAGAAGCCUACAGCUUAUGCCAUGGAGGACCCAGAAUUACUUUUGAUGAACCAGGUCCUUAAUCAUCAUUCAGAUAAUUAGUUAACUGCUCCUUACAUUGACCAAUAAUUGCUUUAAUUCUUGAACACUUUAUUUCUUUCAUCUUCUAUUUUUUAUUAUGGAAUAAAAUUUAAGAAGAAUAGUGAUGAGUGUCUUUAUUUCCUCAGUAAUGCCUGGAUAUGCACAAUCUUGAAGGAUUUAAUCGCUUUAAACCAUUAAAACAAGGUAUAUGCUAGUUGGUAAAGAACAAAUAUGGUGUUAGAAUUGUUAGCGUUUUGUGUGUAUGUGUGGGUUUUCCUUUUAAAGUAGUGAAAAGGGCUCCUAAGUUUGAAAAAUCAUUUCACAAAUACAGAAUUAAAGUGUGCUGGCAUGCCAAGUUUUAGUUUUGGCCUAUUUUGUUCUAUAACGGGCUAUGUCAAACUGAUGGUCUUGCAAGCAGUAGUGUUUUAAACAGGCCCUGUAGCAAAUGUGUUCAGUUUAUCAUAGCCUUUCAUGAGUGCAUGUGUUUUCUAAGAAAUUAAUCAUAUAACACUAGCUGUAUUCACACAAACUAGAAGACAUUUUACAAAGGCCACAUAAAAAUGUUAAGCUAUCUUGUUGAAAUACAAAUAGGUAAAUAAAAUAGUGCAUGAUUUUGGGCCAUGUUGACUAUUUUACAUUUUAUCCUGAAAGGAAAUUGAGAGGUUUUAUGUUUAGUGUUGCUGAUACUUCCCCAGAGAAUUUGGUUCCCUUCUCUGACAGACAACAGUCUAGAAAACUAAUCAGUUAACCACUUGAGAAAUCAUCAUAUUUGUGCAUGAAUUAGAAAUUACAAUAACUUUUGUUCAGAUUGUCCCUAUACUGAAUGCAAAAUAAUAUGAUUUUCAGAUUAAAAAAACCUCUUCUAUUUCUGGGAAAAAAAAAAAAAAAAAAGAUCUGGAGUUAAUAGAGGAGAUGAAAACAAGUUACUGAAAAUUAUUUUGCACCCUUUAUCAAAAAGUUAUCAAAAGCAAACUGAAAAACUCACUUGAGUGACAUGCUUAAAUGAGAGGCCUUACCUGCUGAAUUUCAGCUGUGACACUGGUGAUCCAGCACCUUUGUGCCAACCCUGGAUUGUGUCUGUCUUGUAGCUUUUUGGUUUUGUUCUGGUUUUUUUUACCCCAAAGGAUAUCUGGUGUUUACAGGAUUUAAUAAAACCAUUUAAAGAAAUGGAGUGAAUCCAUAAAGUGUUCUAUUAUUUUUAAUUUAUCCGAGACAUUUUUGACUGAUACAAUGUACUUUGUCAACAUGGCCAGAAAUUACCCUUAGUCUCAACAAAACCCAUUUUUGAGCUCAUUGCUGUAAUAUUCACUGUUGAGAACAGAGGGAAGGAAUCUGACUUGAGGUGUCUGUGUUGCAGCUUGCGUAGAUAUACGGCACUCACUUUGGCAACCUCUGUGCAGAGAGCGGUGUGGGGUGGCAUGGGUUCUGUGCAGGCUGCAGGACCUGCUUGUUCAUUUUCUAAGUCUCAGUGCAGGCCAAUUGCUGUAGUCUUUUGUACUGAACUUGGACAAUACUUUGUUAGUAUUUAAAUUUUAUAGCUAAUAAAAGUUAGACUUGAGUUUUAUUUGCACCUUGUGCAACAGUAGAUCUUCCAAAUAAUAACAUAGGAAUGAUAUUUCACAUAAGAAGUUCUGAAUAGUUGCAGACAACAUGCAAGGGGUAAGUUUUAAUCUCCAUUAUAAAGGGUUGUAUAAAUACCUCAAGCUCCAUUUUUAUGUAGAAAAUUCAGUGCUCGAUCUUCUUAUUUUUUGAUACCAUGAAUGCAAUAUAUCAGCAUCUUUUGCAGAUUUCUAGAUCACUGAUGAUGGUUAUACAAGUACUUGGAAUAUGCCCUAAAAGCAGCAAUGCCAAAAUGGAGUUUUUUCUAACUUCUCAAAGAUCACUUGAAACAGAAUCUGAUAGACUCCAGCAAUGCUUUCUGUCUUCCAGGAAACCAUUAGAGCAUCUGAGUCUGGGUUCAUCAAUGUAUAUAAGUCACGCAAGGCAAUUUGUUUAGUAUACUAGUAGAAGUAUUAUUAGAUAGCUUAGGAUAUAGAUUUAUAAAAAUAUUUUUUCUUAAGUGCUUCUGUUUCUAACAAAGAGGGGAUAACAAAUAUAUUUGGAGCUUUGUUUAAAGAAUUACCAAUAGCAUUUCUUUGCCAAACACUGCAUCAUUUGUUGGUAAAGGAGAACUUUUUAGAUACUGUAAUAAUCAAAGGUCAGUAUGAUUUAAAUAAUUUUCUGAUCUGUACUCCAUUGUGUAUUGAAGCAUUGUGAUAAGUUGUGUAGUUGUGCUACAUUUUAAAAGAUCUAUUUAUUUAAAGGUUUUGUUUACCCAAAGUAAAAGUAUUGUCAAAUAAUUUAUGAGUAUAAUCUUUGAACAAUUAUCAAUUUAAUUUAAAAAACGCCAUCUCCACUGAGUGCCAUGAAUAGCUGAUUGUGAGAUGAGCCUCAGUACUGCCUUGGCAUAGGCAAGCAACUCUAGCUGGCACUCAUAUCCAAGAUGUACAGUAAAGUUCUGCUAAACUAAACUUAAUUUCUGGUUCUUUUCUGCAUUUGAACCUAGGACAAUAAGCAGGUGCUGGAGAUCUUUUAUUGACUAGAAUCUUCCUGGGACAUCCCUACACUAAUGCAAGUUCCUUACCUGUUUUUCCUAGAAAUAGAGCAGUGUUUGACUGCAUAGGCCUAUUGUGUUGAUUCUGGCUUUGUGUGUUUUAAAAAAAAAGAAAAAAAAAAAAAUCACCACUAUCUGUGCCUUUCCUGGGAGUGGUUUGGGGAUAAGUCGUAAGAACAGAAAAAUGAUUUUGGCGAUACAUUUGAGUUGUCUUUGCUAAUCAAAAUGAUCUUCCUGUUCUUUGUAUGUUUUUUUUUGGUGUACGUAGUGUUUACGUAGAGUUUACAGUGUAUUACAUAAGUAUUUCAAAUAUUUAGCUAUUGCUGUGGAUUAAAUGUUAUUUUAACACCAGAACUUCAUGUGGUGCUGUGGAAGGUGACAGAUUUUUCAAAUUAGGUAAAAGUAUUUACUUGAAACUGUUUGCAUAAUAUGAUGUUAGUAAACUUAAAGACUGGAUAGUUUAUAUCUCACUUGAAUGCAUGAUAGAACUUGUUAGGGCAAGUAUUCACAAAUAGAUUGUCCUAAUAAAUUGUAAUGUGUUUUGUUAUUCUAGGUAGUUUAAGACAUAAUGAAACUACUGCUUCUUCAGUAAUACCUGUGCUGUCUCUUGCAUCUGUCAGUGUUUAAAAAAGAGAGUUAGCUUGUUUUCUAGAUGACUGUAUUCUGUUCAAAUAAAGUCAAAUUAACUUCU